AUGAAAGAUGGCGGGCCAUUGGAAUACUUGAAACCGGAACACGAGUCCGGUUUCCUCUUGUACCGCGCUGAUGGCCGAACCCGAUCUGUCCUCUAUCGAACACGUCUGGGACGAAAUGGAGAGGAGAUUGGUCUCUAUGGUGAUGAAUGUGCAGAGGGUCUCUAUGGUGAUGAAUGUGCAGAGGGUCUCUAUGGUGAUGAUUAUGCAAAGGGUUUCUAUGGUGAUGAAUGUGCAGAGGAUCUCUAUGGUGAUGAAUGUGCCGAAGGUAUCUAUGGUGAUGAAUGUGCAGAGGGUCUCUAUGGUGAUGAAUGUGCCCAUGGUCUCUAUGGUGAUGAUUGUGCAGAGGGUCUCUAUUGUGAUGAAUGUGCAAAGGGUUUCUAUGGUGAUGAAUGUGCAGAGGAUCUCUAUGGUGAUGAAUGUGCCGAAGGUAUCUAUGGUGAUGAAUGUGCAGAGGGUCUCUAUUAUGAUGAAUGUGCCCAUGGUCUCUAUGGUGAUGAUUGUGCAGAGGGUCUCUAUUGUGAUGAAUGUGCAGAGGGUCUCUAUGGUGAUGAUUGUGCAAAGGGUUUCUAUGGUGAUGAAUGUGCAGAGGGUCUCUAUUAUGAUGAAUGUGCCCAUAGUCUCUAUGGUGAUGAUUAUGCAGAGGGUCUCUAUUGUGAUGAAUGUGCAGAGGAUCUCUAUGGUGAUGAAUGUGCCGAAGGUAUCUAUGGUGAUGAAUGUGCAGAGGGUCUCUAUUAUGAUGAAUGUGCCCAUAGUCUCUAUGGUGAUGAUUGUGCAGAGGGUCUCUAUUGUUAUGAAUGUGCAGAGGGUCUCUAUGGUGAUGAAUGUGCAGAGGGUCUCUAUGGUGAUGAAUGUGCAGAGGGUCUCUAUGGUGAUGAUUGUGCAGAGGGUCUCUAUGGUGAUGAUUGUGCAGAGGGUCUCUAUGGUGAUGAUUGUGCAGAGGGUCUCUAUGGUGAUGAAUGUGCAGAGGGUCUCUAUGGUGAUGAUUGUGCAGAGGGUCUCUAUUGUGAUGAUUGUGCAGAGGGUCUCAAUGGUGAUGAAUGUGCAAAGGGUCUCUAUGGUGAUGAAUGUGCAAAGGGUCUCUAUAUAGUGUUGAUUGUCUGCUGUCGGGUGGAAUAA